AUGUAUCUUAUUUUAAGCCAUUCUGGAGGUCCUCCUUCUAAAAUUGCUGCCUCUGGAUGUGUGACACGAUUUGACACGGUGGACCUUCAUUAUGCCUGGGUUAUCGAAGACUUCAGUGCUCAAAUGGACCUCCACUCCAUCGGAGAGCAUCUGACGAGCAAGAAUUUUGGCGACAAUGAUCAUGAAUUCGUCCUGAAGCUGUUUCCUGCUGGAAAGGACGAGGAUUGCACAGGAUACAUCUCUUUAUACCUGCAAAUUAUACGGUGUCCGAAUCCUAAGAUACAGUUGCGGAUUCGAUUUAGCGUUGAAACACCUGAAGGACCGAGAGAAUGCUCCCUCAAUAAGAGCGUGCUUUCGAUCAAUCGUGGGGGAAUAAUCACUGCCAGGUGUCCGAAUCCUAAGAUACAGUUGCGGAUUCGAUUUAGCGUUGAAACACCUGAAGGACCGAGAGAAUGCUCCCUCAAUAAGAGCGUGCUUUCGAUCAAUCGUGGGGGAAUAAUCACUGCCAGUAAAUUCUUUCAUUCGGACAUUGUCAAGAACAGAUUUCUCCGUCGUGGCUUAAGAGAUGCUCUCACUGUGAGUGCAGAUAUUACGGUUUUCCUGGACUCGAAGACAACCGCC